UUUCCUUGCUUGACCAGGUUCUUAUCAUUCCACCCUCGACACGCCCGUCUUUUUUAUGCUCUCGUUGCCGGUUCUGCAGAGACCAUGGACCAGACAUUCAGACCUUCUCCGUCUCCGUCCUCCGGGGUCCUACCAUUCCACGGCGACAACACGAUGCCCGAAGCUGCUGCUCAUUGUGCCCUUGUGAUCUCAGAACCAUAUCAGAAUCUAGACUCCAGCCGAACGGAAACCGGUCUUGGGAUCUCACAAUGCGACGCGGAGAUUCUGUUCGACCAGCUGAAACCCUGCUCAGCGCCAGAGGCUUGCCUGUUUCAUGUGCCGGGUUGGUCAACACACUCCUUACCAACCGAACCAUUCUGCGGGACAGCAAUGAGCGUCCGGGAGGCCUCGCCUGUGUCGUUCUAUGAACCAUGCGGUCUCACCCCGGACAUGAGUAACUCACCGCUCAGUUAUUGCACUGCCCAGACGCUAGGUCCAUCGCCGAUUUACGAACCAGGAUUCGAUCUGAGCGGAAGCUAUGAUCAAUUGCGCGAGCCGCUUUUGGACACCUGGACGAAACUCCCUCAAACAGAAGCAACCGUCCCAUUCGAAGAGGAUUUCGAUGAUAGUCAGUACCCGAUGUCCUUUCCGGCUGCCCACGAUGCCUCGAUAUCCAUGCUACCGCAACUACAGUCGCUUGCUGCCGAUGACCCGUUCAUGCUAUCUCCUCAACUACCAAUCGAAGUCGCCAGUAGCCAAGCCCUGGAACCGGAUGUAACCGUGAUUCAUAUUCCUGACCGAACCCGACGAGCUACUGCCCACAAGUACCCGACCGGCUCAAUGUUACAAACAGGAAACAAGAAUGUCGAAGGAAGCAAGGGCGGCGUUGGUAGCACAAAAAUACCUAGACGCAAAAGAUCGUCAACAGGGAACGACCUACGGUGUACUAUCUGUGGCUUUCAGUUUACCAGACGUUCCAACUGUCGGGAACACAUGAAGAAACAUAAUCCCAGCCAUAAGAGAACACACUCAUGCUGUUUCUGCGGAAGGCUCUUUGAGAGGCGGACGGAUCUGAGAAGGCAUAUGGAUAGUAUUCACUCCAAAACCCGAAAUUAUAGCUGUGACCAGUGUGAUCAGCGUUUCAGUCGGCAAGAUACUCUCACACGACACCUGACGGAUGGUUGUCGACGGAUAUACCGUCGUACAGCUAAUAUGACUGAGUCGUAGUCAGCCCCGAUCUCAUUUUCUGUCCAUACUGUUUCCGCUGCGGUCUGAGACACCUACAUGGUUUUGAUUUUCAUUGGAUGCCAUCAUCUAGUCCUACAACGUGUUGGAUUUUUUAUCAUGGUUGCUAUUUCAUGAAGAUUGCCGAUGCUUAUAUUGCUUUUGCUUUUGCAUUUCCCUUUGUGUUUUGCUUUCUCUGGAUGCGCAAGCGGUCACUAUAGAGGUGUUCUCCGAGGCAUGGGAUGUUAUACUGGUCUUUUUAUUAUAUUGGGUUGUUCUUUCUCAUUUUCAUGGCAAUUGCUUCCUUUUGUAAGGGGAGUGACACAGGAUAGAUAGCACCGUCCUAUAUAUUUCUUUAUAUAUCCCCCUAUAUAUACAGGAAUUCCUAG